AUUAUUUUGUUAUUUUCCCACAUGAAUUAGAAGGACAUAUUGCCAUCAUCAGACGUUAGAAAGAGGUAACAAUCAUGCACCGUCGAUAAGUUAUCCGAAAAUGACGUAACACUAUGGUUUUAAAGUUUAGCUCAAAGAUUUUCACCUGGAUCAUGUUAAUUUCAAUAAACAGAGAGUGUCAUUGGCUGUGAUUUGCUCAAAGAAUUAAUAAGACGAAUCCUUAGUUAAAUAUUAAAAGGCCAUUUUAGAAAAUAUUGACGAACUUAAAGACGAAGGUAAUAAAAAGUAAUUUAGAUUCUCUAGCCCCCGAAGUUGAGUUCUAUUUGAUGGAAGUACACUUCCCAAGCAAACCUGAUAGGUCAAUUGCUUUGGAUUUACAAUUCGGAAUGAAGGAAAAUGAAAAAGCCCCCUUCAAAAUAAAGGAAGGGGAGGAGUAUUUCAUUCGAUUGCAUUUCAAAGUAAAAAAUGAUUGUGUUGUUGGAUUAAAACUGUACAACACCACAAAAAGACAUGGAAUUAAAGGUACGCAUUUCUAAUUAUUUUAUUAGUGGAUUCAUAUGAGGAAAUUGUCGGAUCUUUUGCUCCAAAAAAGCAUAUUCAAAUUUAUGAUAUGGAACAUUAAAUCGCUCCUUCAGGGUUUUUAGCGAGAGGGAAUUAUAAAGGGAAACUAUUAUUUGCAGAUGGAGAUGGAAUCGUCCAUAUGUAGUUUGAUUAUUAUUUUGAAAUAUCUAAAGAUUGGUGA